AUGGUUAUUUCUUUCUCCUCAGAAGACACUCAGGGCGUUCAGAUGCCACAUGACGACGCUCUGGUUAUUGAAGCCGUCAUCCAUAACUACCGGGUUAGGAAGAUCUUGGUGGACGACGGAAGUAAGGUGAAUUUAUUGCCGUACAGAGUCUUCCAGCAGAUGAGAAUCCCCGAGGAACAGUUGGUUCGGGACCAGGCCCCAGUCAAAGGGAUCGGAGGAGUCCCAGUGCCUGUGGAAGGAAAGGUGAAGCUGGCUCUCACCCUCGGGGAAGCACCCAGAACUCGAACCCACUACGUGGUGUUCUUAGUAGUAAAACUCCCCCUGAGCUACAAUGCAAUAUUGGGAAGGCCUAUGCUAUUUGACUUUGAGGCCGUGACCAGCAUAAGGUACUUGGCCAUGAAAUUCCCGACAAAAGCAGGGGUGGAAGUAGUAAGAGGAAGUCAGGAAGAGGCGAGAGUAGUGUACCUGGCCACGGUAUCAGAGCCGAGCUCAACAGGGAAAAGGUUUGACUCAGAGGUCCGAGAUGAGAAGAAGGAGGCCAUAACAGAGCCGGUUGGAGAGCUGGAAACCUUCUCCUUAUCAGAAGCAAAGACAGACAAGGUUUUCAGCCUAACUGAGGAGCAAAAAACUGAAGUAAUGGCCCUGAUCCGAGGUCAUGCAUCAAGCUUCUCCUGGAAGCCGUCUGACAUGCCUGGGAUAGACCCGGAGGUGAUGCCUCACAAGCUGAACGUCCUGCCGGAAGCCAGGCCGGUGAAACAGAAGAAGAGGGUGGUGGGAAGAGAGAAGCAGCAGGCCAUCAGGGAGGAGGUGCAAAAGCUAGAAGAGGCAGGGUUUAUCAGGGAAGUGAUGUCGGAUGAAGAAAAGACCUCGUUCAUAACAGAAGAUGGGACCUACUGCUAUAGGGCCAUGCCUUUCGGGCUGAAGAAUGCCAGGGCAACAUAUCAAAGAUUGAUGAAUAAAAUCUUCAAAGAUCAGAUCAGCAGGAAUGUCGAAGUAUAUGUGGAUGAUAUGGUGGUGAAGAGUCCGACUUUUCAACAACACUUAACAGACUUGAGGGAGGUGUUUGAAGUACUGGAGCAAUAUAGAAUGAGACUGAACCCGGCUAAAUGCGCUUUCUUCAUCAGGGAAGGGAAGUUCUUUGGAUACAUGGAGAGCGGAAAAGACAUUGAGCCCAAUCUAGAGAAGUUAGAAGCUAUCUUGAAAAUGUCUGAGCCGACCUGCGUGAGGGAUGUCCAAAGACUUACUGGAAGGGUAGUAGCGCUCAAUCGCUUCAUGUCGAGGUCGGUCGAAAGAUGCCUGCCGUUCUUUAAAAAGCUAAGAAAAGUUCCGAACUUCGAAUGGACCGAGGACUGUCGAGAAGCUUUCAAAGAGCUCAAAAGCUAUCUUAGCUCGCCACAUGUGCUCAGUAGCCCGUUGGAAGGAGAAUAG